CUAACAUUGAAUUUGGCCCCUGGCUGUGUGUCCUAACGCGACUUGCCAAUUGCUUGUGCCGAUUGCACGAGCGUCAACUUCUUUCGGGACUCACUGCGCUGCUGAGCUAGAAGAACAAAUAAAGUAGCCAUGAAGGCGGGUCUCGAGCUGGCGUAGAGGAGCGGGCUUGUUUGCCACAGCCGGAGGAGCAGCUGUCGGGGGUGGGCGGGCCCAAGCGGAGCGGCCAUGUUCCUAGAGGCAGCCCAGCUGACGGCCAGCGGCCGGCCCGUGCUGCAGCCGGGAGAGGUGGAGGUCAGCUUGCUAGACAAGGUGGAUGUUGAGUUCAACCCAGUGGGUGGCGUGGCCGGUCACCAGUCACACGCGUACAAGAACGGCUACGCAAUCCUGACCAAUCGCCGCGUGAUUUGGGUCAACGCGGGUACCGGCGCCACGGACGGCGCGGGCGGCGGCGCCGGCGAUGCGUCCGCGCCCCGCGCCGCCUGCCUGCCUCUCUCCACCCUGGCUGCCAGCAACAAGCGGGUGCAAUACGGCAUCAAGGGCUCCAAGGUGCGGCUGGUGCUGGACGUGUACACCAAUGGCCAGCGGCAACCCGUGCCAACCUGGGGCUUCCACACCAACAUAGACCAGGUGUCGCUGCGCUGCCGCGGCCCCGCACCGGACGCAUUCAAGUCCCUGCUGGACGAGCACGUACAGCAGGCUGUGGCAGCUGGCAGUAGCAGCGGCGCUGCUGCUGGCUCCGGCGGCGCCGGUGCCGGCUACGCCACAGGGCCAGCAGCAGCAACUCAGCCCGGUGCUGCGGGAGCGGCCGCCGGAGCCGGAGGCGCAGGGGCCGGUGUGAACUCGUACAUGUCGCCUCUGACUGCGGGGCUGCAGGGGCGACACCCACCACCACCGCCACCAGCUGGCUCCGGAGCUGGGGGCGGGGCGGGGGCAGGGCACGUGCCGGGAGCGGGCGUGUCAGUGUCGGGGCUACCCCCGCCGCCGCCCCCGCCUCAGCACCAUCUGGCGCCACAGCCGCCUGCGCAGCAGGCAGCCCUCCGGCCUGACCCCGCCCUGCUGCAGAACAUGGUGGAGAUGGGCUUCCCCCGCAACCGGUGCGCCCGCUCGCUCCUAGCCGUCAAGAAUGAAGGCCUGCAGGAGGCGCUGGACUACAUGCUAGCGUUCGGUGACCAGCCCGGUAUGGACGACCCACUGGAGCCGCAGCCCACACCCGCCUCCUACGGCACCGGAGGUGCUGCAGGCGGUGGCGGCGGUGGCGGCUGGGGGCAGCAGCAGCCGCAACCGCUGUACGGUGCUGGCAGCGGAGGCGGAGGCGCGCCAUCGAUGCGCUACCCGUCCGUCAUGCCAGAUGGCUAUCCGCCACCUCCACCUCCUCCCACAUCACAGCCGCCGUACCCGGGCGCGGCGCCGCUCAACCCUUACGGCCCCGUGCCCCCGCCGCCGUACUUUCCCUCAGCCUACGCUGCCGCCGGCGUGUCUUCAGCGCCUAGCGGCUCGCCGCAGCACCCCCACGGGGUCGCCGGGGCGCCGGCUGAGCACCUGGCGGCGGCAAUGGGCUCGCUGGCGCUGGCGCGAGGCCAGACGCCGCACCACCACCACGGCAGCGCUCCGGACCUGUCCUCGGCGGCGGCGGGAGAGGCGGGCCGGCCCGCGAUCGGCGUGGCGGGGCUGAUGAUGCGGGAGCAGCAGAAGACGGAGCAGUCGGGCAGGGCUGUGGAGCAGGCGUUCAAGGACCUGUCUGCGCUCAUGGCCUCCGCCGCCGCCAUGGUGGCCCUGGCGGAGAAGUUCAGGGGCGUGCUGGCGGCGGGCGCAGAGGCGGGCGCCGGCGGCGGAGGUGCGGGCGGCGAGGACCCACUGCUGCUGGACCUGGAGACACAGCAGCAGCUGAUUGCGCUGGGCAUCAGCAGCCCCGUCACGCGCGAGACGGCAGGCGCUCGCUACCACACCGAGCUGAGCCGCCAGCUGGCUGACUUCCUGGAGGGCCCGCUGGCCCGCUGCGGCGGCAUGAUCAGCCUGCCGGACGUGUACUGCCUGUUCAACAGGGCGCGCGGCACGGAGCUGGUGUCGCCAGACGACCUUUUGCAGGCUGCCAAGGUGUUUCCCAAGGCGGGAGUGCACGGGCUGCGGCUGCGGCAGCUUACCAGCGGCGUCAUGGUCAUCCAGGGGCCGCAGCACUCGGAGGAGCGGGUUUGCGCCAAGAUUGCGGAGCUCACCGCCUUGCCCAGCCCUUCCUCUACCGCCUCCACCGCCUCUGCGGCGCCGCCUGCCCCGCCUCUGGGCCCGGGUGUCACUGCGGGCGACGUUGCGGUGGCGCUGGGCGGCAUCUCCACCGUCAUCGCCGCCGAGCACCUGCUGCUGGCGGAGGCACGCGGCGUGGUGGUGCGUGAUGACGGACCCGAGGGGCUGCGGUUUUACCGGAACUUCUUCAGGCAGGACGGGCUGGAGCCGAGCACAAUGGCGAGCUACUGCCGGGCGGUUGCAAAUGGCGGUGGCGGUGGUGGUGGGCCGGGGGCGGGGCUGGCGGCUGGGUGAGGUGUGGAGCAGGAGGAGCGUGAUCAUGUAGCUCGGCGGGUGCAAAGGCUGCGGUGGGGUCGCAGGGUGGGCUGGGUACGGGUGCAUGCGUGAGCCUUGCGCGUGGUAUGAAGAGAUACCGGUUGGCAAAUCAGGCGUGCUAGUGCGGUGAUCUGCAGGCGGUCGAGGGAUAGGGGUGCGAUGGGGCAGGGUAAGGGGCAGGUCGUGGGACAUGGGCCGUCAUGGGCCGGUGGAUGUUGCUUUGUGGGCUGUCCCUUGCCGAGCCUGGACCCCAAACACCGGUUUAUCAAAGAUGGUGCAACACUGCAACACCUCUGUCGUUCGGCGAUGUAUUCCUAGGUGUGCGAUGGGACAGUGGUAAGGCAGGUUGGCAAGAUCCCGUAGGGUGCAGCUGAUUCCCAGAACCCAACAGAUGGCACACAAGUGGCAAAGGCAGGGCAGGAGUGCGCGGCUGGUCGAACGCCGGAGUUACUGUACCGACGAGUUGCUGGCUGGCUGGACGUUUGCUGACGCGCAUUCCUCACGCUCCGCCAGGCGAUAGCACCACACAGACACACCGCAACGCCACACUCGCGAGGCAGAGCCGCAUCGUACCUGCAGGAAGCCCUUCCUGAGGAAGGUGACCAGCGUCCAGUGGACGCCGUCCACGGAUGAGGCUAGUAUCGGAACCUUCGGCCUCAGACGGAGGACGUGGCGUGGGCUCAGCCCACUUUUCCCUUGCGAGGGAAAGCCACCUUUUCUUGUUCAAAGAUGGUGCACAUAGGGGCGUCGUUCGGCGAUGUACGCCUAGGUAGUGGUGGCCCGGGUGGCCCCUCGGUCUGUCCUGGGACCACAA